GUUAAACCUUGAUGUCCCUAAAUACCUCGAUACCCUAAUACCGCAAUUCUUCAAGAGAAGUUAAGCCUAUUAGAGAAAUUGUCUAAGCGGAUGUAAUUAAAAGUGCCAGAUUGUUAAGCAGAGACAAAGUUAAAGUGAAAUAAAAUACUUCUAUUGGGGAUUGUAAUCAAUAUACUAUCAAUAGUGAAUAGAAGUAAAAGAAAAGUGAAUAAUUCCUUUCAUGACAACAGAAGUAUUUCUUAAAAUGAAAAUACUAACAUUCUUUCUGGAUAUUUAGCUAAUGCUUUUCAGGAAAAAAAGGAAAAUAUUUAAAGAAUUCAGAUGUAGGAUAUCACAAAUAAGAAUAAAUGUGAAGAAAAUAAAUAGAGAGAAAUCAAAUAUCUUAUGAGGAUUGCAGCUUUAGAAAAAGAAUCUUCAAAACUUACUGAAUUGGCUGCUAAAUUAAAGAAAGAGAACUAAUUAUUGAAGUAAUAAAAUAAUCAAGAGUUAAUCAUAUAUCAAUUAUAAGAGGCUCUUAAUUUAUCAAAGAAUGAGAAUUAAAUACUAAAAAAGUAAAUUACUCAACUCUAGAAUUCGAAUGCCCCUUGCUUUAAUAAUAGUGUUUAUCGUGUUUAAAAGCACUAAACACUUACCACUAAUUAAACAGUCAAUACUAGUAAUAAUAUAUCUCAAGACAAUCUUAAAUUUAAAGAGUACAUUCCUAGUUAUUUAAUUGCUCUAAGUUUAGCUGAAUGA